AUGGACACAUCUUCUGCAGCCUCGACGCUGACCAGGCAGCGCCUCGGCGUCGCCAUUUUCUCACUCGCCGCGACGGCAACACUGGGCUACAUUUGCUACCGCGCAUCAAACCCCUCAGUCUCGCUUCCCGAACCCCCUCCCGACCGCCGACUGCACCGUAGCAACGCGAUCCGCCACCGCCGCCGUUCUCUCCCAGAUGUUGCCCAGCACCAUGAUGAGCGCGAACCUUCCGAGGCUUCGACCACGUCGGUCGAGUCCAACGCCGACGAGAACGUCGAUGUGAACACCGUGCGGCCCCCGAACGACGCUGAGACGGUCGCGGACGAUCACGUCAUGGAUGAUAACUGGUACGACGACAGCGCGAAUGAACGCUUUGCCGUCCAGCAGCGCGCCGGUCAAAAUAUUGUGACACUUCUGUUCCGCGUCUCCGAAGACAAUGCCCGGCGCAACGCCUAUGUCCACCGAGGCUGUCUGUGCAACGGCUGCGGCAUCACCCCGAUCCGUGGAAUCCGCUACCGCUGCGCCAACUGCACCGACUUUGAUCUUUGCGAGACCUGUGAGUCUCAAGGCCUCCACAUCAAAACGCACAUCUUCUACAAAAUCAAGGUCCCGGUCCCGCGUCUUGGCUCUCGCCCGUUACAACCCGUGUGGUAUCCAGGCGAUCCCGAUAAUUGCCUGCGACUUCUGCCCAAGACCCUGAUGGCCCAAAUGUCCAAGGAGACAGGUUUCGAGCGACCAGAGCUCGAAGCACUCUGGGAGCAGUGGACCUUCAUGGCGAGCACCGAGUGGCGCGAGGACCCUGAUGAGCUAGGCAUAGCCAUGGACCGCAAGACCUUUGAGAGAUACCUCGUCCCUUCGGGCGGCUACCGACACAUUUCGCCGAACCUUCUGCACGACCGCAUGUUUGCCUUUUACGACGACAAUAAUGACGACCUCAUCGGCUUCUCGGAAUUCCUGCGUGGCACUGCGUAUCGCAAGCGAAAAGACCGGCUCCGUAGGGUGUUCAACGGCUAUGAUAUCGACGGUGACGGGUACAUCAACCGCCGCGACUGCUUGCGGCUUUUCCGGGCCUACUACGUGGUCUUCAAGCACAUGCAUCGAGACAUCCUUGACGGCCUUGAUGACCAGGUUAUGAGCUCCACCGAAGUCGAACAACUGAUAACCAGCAGGCAGCCUUUGAGUAGCCUGUUUGGCCGUGAGGGCGGAUUUUCGCAACCAGACUCGGAUCGCCCAAUAGAAGGAAAGGUUGUUAACCUCAACACUGGGGAGGUCCGCGUUACAGACGGAACCACGAGAGCCGUGAACGAGGACUCGCCCGAUACUUCCGAGCGCCGGGACCUGUUGACCGAUGUCUUCACUCAACAAGCUCACAUCGCUGAGAGCCUCUUCAUGCCUGUCAUGGACCAUCCACGGCCUGCUGGCGAGAGAGCAUCAGGAAUGGAAUACUUGAAUGGUCUGCUGAACCCGCCAACUCGAAUCAGUGAACUUCCUGCGCUUCUUCUCGGUGAGACCCGGGAGGGCGAUGAUUUUGUUGUCGUUGUAAAUGGCAAUGAGCAAAAUGGCCAGGGUGGGGACGAAGGCUCACGAGGCCCAGAACCAAACGGUGUGUCUAGAUCAGGAGGGGACAAUGCCGAGAACCUCUCCAAUCAGCAUCAGCCAUUGAACUCUGGCCUAGAGGGGCGAGAACAACGCAGACCUUCGUACCGUACCACGUCUAACCGCCGCCUCAGGGUAAAUGCCCGGCGGAAGUUGUUCGACCGCUGGAAAAGGAGGCAGUUCUAUUUGGAUGAGGAAGAGGGCAUGCAACCGCCCGACGACUGGAGCGAUGGCGACGACGUUCUCGCUAAUCUCAACGACUCAACUGAUGACUCCAAGGCCGCCCAGGCUGCGAUGUCCUCACGUUCUCGCUCGUCCUCCAAAGUGAGAUUUGCCGAAGACAACGAUGAGUACGAAAUCAGGUCAAACCCUUCGACUUCCUCGCGGAGUAUUCCGGAGAGGUGGGGAGGCAUGGAUAUUCCAGACGCUGAGCGAGACCUGGGCAAGGAAGUUUUCUACCAAGUCAGCCAACAAGCCUUCAAUGAGAUUCUCGACACCCUCUUCAAAGCGAAAGAGGAUCUUGCGGUCCAAGCCGCCGAGACGCGGGAACUGCGGGAUAAGCACCGGCCCAUUUUCGAAUCGAUCAAUCCCGAUGAUGAGAAGGACAACGAUGCAAACGGGACCUCAUACCCCGAAAAGCCCAAUGGAGCCCCCGAUCCGUCCUUGCAAGAGCUACUUGAAGUCAGUGGCUACUCUGUCGAACCCGCUCAGAAUGAGAGUAAACCGGACGAGGAAGACCUAGCCGAUGAAGAUUCCGAAACUAGCGUCGAGGAUGAGGCUUCGACAUCUGCGUUACUGGCCGCUGUUGAGGAGACGUUGGACGAGGAGCCUCAAGCCUAUCGCGACCCCACUAUGCCGCAGUUUCGUCCGAAUUCGGUAUCCACGGCCGAAAACUCUGAGCCCAAGCGGGACGAACGCGAGGCGGCGGCGGUACCAGCCGCUUCGACUAGCAAACUGACUUUAUCUACCCAGGUCCCCAAUCUUCAGAAACAGGACAAGUCACCAAGAGACGCCAAGCCAAACGGCACAUCGGCUUCCUCCAAGCCCAUCCCACGCAGCACCCUCGUCAGCUGGAAGCGCCUCGACUUGGCGGAGAAAGAAUCCAAAGAACGCGGCGAUUGGGGCCGGCUGGACUUUGACGAGUUUGAGCGCAUCUACAAGGGCGCCGAGGCGCGUGGCGCCCGUCUAGAUUACCUCGGCACUUGGAUCGACUUCUGCAUCCCGUCUACCUAG